ACUCUCAGUUUCCGGUUCAAUAUGGCAACCAGGUGGGGAAUCUGUAGCGCUGGGAAGAUCAGUCAUGACUUCACUGUGGCUCUGAAAACUCUUCCUGCUGAAGACCAUCAGGUUGUGGCUGUGGCAGCACGCAAGUUAGAGGAUGCACAGGAGUUUGCCAAAAAGCACAGCAUCUCUCGAGCAUAUGGCAGCUAUGAGGAGCUGGCAAGAGAUCCAGAUAUAGAUGUGGUGUAUAUUGGCGUUAUCCACCCCUACCAUCUGAGCACUUGUCUGCUCUUUAUGAAUGCCAAGAAGAAUGUGCUGUGUGAGAAGCCGCUGGCCAUGAACACCAAGGAGGUGAAGGAGAUUCUGGCCUCUGCCAAGAGGAACAACGUCUUCCUCAUGGAGGCUGUCUGGACCCGCUUCUUCCCGGCCUCAGUGGAGAUCAGACGGCUGCUGGCUCAGGGGGAGGUGGGAGAGGUGAAGUUGGUGAGAUCAGAGUUUGGCGUACCAGUGAUGCAUUUGCCAAGAUCAGCGCAGAAGGAGCUGGGCGGAGGAGUAAUGCUGGAUAUUGGGGUCUACUGCCUGCAGUUUAUAUGCAUGGUGUAUAAUGGAGAGAAACCAGAGUGCAUCCAGGCCAUGGGGAUCUGCCGUGAGACAGGAGUGGAUGAGACUUUAGCUGUCACACUGAAGUUCUCCAACAACAGGAUGGCAGUUUUCUCUUGCUCUUCAGGUGUAAAGCUGCCCAAUGAUGCCAUCAUUGUGGGCACAAAGGGCAUCAUCAGGAUUCCUGACCAUAUGUGGUGCCCAACAUCAUUAGUGGUGAAUGGGAAGGAGACUGAGUUCCCAGUGCCAGAACCCUGUUUACCUCUCAACUUCCUCAACAGUACAGGGAUGCGUUAUGAAGCAGAGGAGGUUCGACAGUGUUUGCUCAAAGGGCUGAAGGAGAGUACAGUUAUGUCCCAUGCUGACUCUCUUCUGCUGGCUGAGGUGGAGGACGAGAUUCGCAGGCAGGUGGGCGUGGUGUACAGCCAGGACUGCCAGUAAAUGUUAACCAUAAACAUGGAUCAUUUUCUCUUGUUGUAUAAACAACUUCAUUAUGGAGAAUAAAUGGUUCUUGUUUCAGCUGGAUUUAACAUGAA